GGGAACGCUGCGCUCCUGGCCCCGCUGGAACUGCUAGGGAUGGAGAAGACCUCAGCGAACAAGACAUGCCGCCGCUCCGGGAAUCACAGGGAGUGGUCCGAAGCGUAGGCGGAACUAGGGAAGCGAGCCAAUCAGAUGACUGUUAGAGGGAACACUGACAUUAUGACUGUGUGUUCUGGAGAUAGAAUGAAUCCUUAAACUUCUGGAAGUUAUCUAAGGAGGCGCCUGGCCCCUGGGAGCCAAUGCAAUCGGUUCUACCCACGCUGUGCCGCUGAGAAGGAAGGGGGACCGCUGGAUUUGCAGCUGGAUCUACAUCGCUACUGGAUCGCUGCGGGCUUCAUAAUGAGGGAGUUGGGGAAAGUUGGCAAAGUCUCCCUGCUGUAUCGCAUCUGGACUGGGAUAGUUCUGUACACUGUGACUAUAAAGACUGCGGGAAGUUACAAUAUAGAUGAAUCGAGCCCAGUGGUUUUUAAAGGGUCGCAAGGGUCGCUGUUUGGGUUCUCGGUGGUCUUGCAUAGCAACGGGGAUGGGAACUGGAUUGUAGUCGGUGCCCCUCAGUCUAGUUGGACUACGAAAAAUGUGACCAAUCCUGGCGCUAUCCUAAAAUGCCGAAUUGAGCAGAACCCAAAUGGGUCAUGUGAUGUUUUGGAACUGGGAAAUUUAAAUGGAGCUAAAUGUGGUAAGACCUGUAAGGAAGAGCAAGACAAUCAGUGGCUGGGUGUGAGUUUAUCCAGACAGUCAACAAAAGAUGGACAGAUAUUGGCAUGUGGUCACAGGUGGAAGAAUAUACAUUUCAUGUUAAGUGACCACAAGCUUCCUUAUGGUGUAUGUUAUGGGAUUCCUGCCAAUUUCAGAACUGAGCUGAGCAAGAGGAUUUGCCCGUGUUACAAAGAUCAUGUUCGGAAGUUUGGGGAUAGUUAUGGUUCUUGCCAAGCUGGAAUUUCUACCUUCUAUGUAGAGGAUGUAAUUGUCAUGGGGGCUCCUGGAUCUUUCUACUGGACAGGAUCUAUAUUUGUUUAUAAUACUACUGAGAACACAAUCAAGUCUUAUGUGGAUUUGAACAAUGCUGUGAAGUUUGGGAGCUAUUUAGGAUACUCAGUCGGAGCUGGCCAUUUUCGGACCCCAAACAGCUAUGAAGUUAUUGGAGGAGCCCCACAACAGGAACAGACUGGUAAAGCGUAUAUAUUCACUUAUGAGGAAAAACAACUUGUUAUUUUGUUUGAAGCCGGAGGUAAAAAGCUUGGCUCCUACUUUGGGGCUGCAGUGUGCGCUGUGGAUUUGAAUGGCGAUGGCCUGUCAGACCUGUUGGUGGGGGCACCCAUGCAAAGUACCAUUCGAGAGGAAGGAAGGGUUUUUGUCUACAUGAAUACUGGUGGUGGCGCAAUGGAAGAACUGCAGUUUGAGCUUUCGGGCAGUGACUUAUAUGCAGCAAGAUUUGGGGAUACCAUAGCUAAUCUGGGGGACAUCGAUAAUGAUGGCUUUGAAGAUGUGGCCAUAGCAGCCCCGCAAGAAGGGGACCUGGAAGGAGCAGUGUAUAUCUAUAAUGGAAGGGAGAAAGGAAUAACACCUUCAUUUUCCCAGAGAUUGCAGGGAAGUAAAUUUGGGUAUGGCUUGCGCAUGUUUGGGCAGUCAAUUUCCAAUGUACUGGAUAUAGAUGGCAACGGAUAUAAUGAUGUAGCCAUUGGUGCUUUCCUGUCCGACUCAGCUGUGCUGCUCAGAACCAGACCAGUGAUCGUUAUCGAUGCAUCGUUAAAGUUGCCAAUGACUGUGAAUAAGACAAGGUUUGAAUGCAUGGAAAACGGAGCGCCCGCUGUGUGCAUGAAUGUUACCAUUUGCUUUGCCUAUAAAGGACUCGAUGUUCCAGGUUACAUAGUUAUGUACUAUAAUAUCACAUCGGACGUAAGGAGAAAGAGUGGCACCCCUGCGCGAUUUUACUUUGUUUCCAACGGAACCUCAGAUGUGAUGUCAGGGACAAUGAACAUUCACCAAAAGUCCGGAAACUGUAAGACUCACAAAGCAUUUAUGAGAAAAGACACAAGGGAUAUCUUUACCCCCAUACACAUGGAAUCAUCCUAUUACCUGGGAAAACACAUUGUAAGCAAAAGGAGUGCAGAUGAUUUACAGCCUCUUCAGCCAGUUCUACAGCAGAAAGAAGGAAAAGGAAAUGUCAUAACAAAUAAGGUUCAUUUUGCAAGGCAUUGCACCUUACUAAACUGCUCAGCAGAUUUACAGAUAACUGGAAAACUCUCUUUCCCCAAGCCAUUUGAAAGCAAACUGUACCUUGCUGUGGGCGGUAUGAAGAGCUUAAUGAUAAAUAUUACUCUCUUCAAUGGAGGAGAUGAUGCAUUUCAGACUGUUCUUCAGCUGAGACUCCCAAAGGGACUUUAUUUUGUCAAGGUUUUUGAUAUGCUUGAGAAAGAGAUCAGCUGUGCAGUGAAUAAAGAGGAAAAUGAGCAGACAAGGCUUGACUGCAGCGUUGGCCAUUUCUACGUUGACGCUUUUUCAAAGCAAGAAUUCUCAUUUCUCCUGGAUUCCAGUGCGCUUACCAGAGCAGAAGAGGACCUGGUCAUAAAUGCAACUGUGGCCUGUGAGAAUGAAUUCACCGAAGACACUAUAUGGAAUAAUGAAGUCAGUUUCAUUGUACCGACCAGAUACGAGAUCGACCUCAAUGUUCUGGGAACGGUUUCUCCAUUUUCAUUUGUCUUUGGGCCGCAUGAAGAUGAACCAGAUGGUGCUUGUAUAAUGGAGAAGAUAGAGUUCACUUUCAAUGUCAUUAAUGCUGGAUCGAGUCUGGUUCCGGCUGCAAAGCUUCAGAUAUCGUUGCCUAACACAUUCUCACCAAAUGGCGUGAAACUGUUAGAUAUUUUGGCUGUAAAGACAACCGUUGGUGAAUGCUAUUUUGACAACUACACAAGGGGCUGCGAAACACCCAAAAACACUCGCUCAAAAGUUGGUGAUCUAUUUGCAUUUUUUUCCAGGCCGGACAAAAGAUGGCUGUACUGCAUGAAAGAUGAUCCUUCUUGCAUUCAAAUUCUGUGCCUGUUUGGGGACAUGGAACGGGAAAGUAAAGCCACUGUGGAAGUACAGCUUGAGAUCAGUCAUUCAUAUUUAGAAACAGAUGAAGCCACGCUAAUACAGUUUUUCACAACAGCUCAAGCAGGCUUUGAAGAUAGCCCUAAGAUCAUCAACCUUAACCAGGAUCAUCAUGCAUAUGUUGUGUUGGAAGCACUACAUAAUCACAAGCCCAAGAAACACGUCAUCUACUUGAUCAUCGGGAUUAGUUUACUAUUAGGAAUUCUUUUAUUUUCCUUACUGACAUAUAUUUUAUGGAAGGUUGGGUUCUUCAACAGAAAAUAUCAGCCCAUUGGAACAGAAGAGACUAGCAGAAGAGAAAGUUGGAACUAUGUAAACAAAGAUGAAAAAAGGGAAAAAUAAGGACUAUUUAUCGAUGGGAAUGUGGACUGAUGAAUCAAGAGGAUUAUUGAGGAUUUACGAGAGAGUACUGUCCAUUUCAGAGGUUAUUUAUGAAGGACUGGCCAGCUUCUCAAGAAUGUGUUUCUGUUUUCAAAUGAAAAUGCACCGUUACCUCUAAAAUAAUACGUGUAUACAUGGAACCAGGGAUCUCAGGAAUUUAAUGACUAGAAAUACUUGGAAGAAGUUAAUACUUAAAAAAUCUGUGGAACCCACAGAGACAUAAAGACAGCUACUUCCUAAGUGAUCUACCAGUGCAAAUCCUCAUUGAAAUGGGAUUGUCCAAUCAUUGUUUGGUUCUUGACUUUAUACCGGCACAGGCCACAGACGUACACCAGGCUUCUGAGUUCAACUUUGCUAUGCACAAUCUGAUCAAAAGAUGAAGAACGUUAUGAAUGCAUUGAGCAUUAUGAACGCAACUCGGAUAUCACGCUUUACAAACCAAACACUCCAACUGCUUGAUUUUUGGAGGGUGAAAACACUACUUUUGCAAAUUCAUAUCCUGCUGGGCCUUUAAGCCACCUUCCACAUAGGUUUUUGCCGCAGUUUACUAGGUCUGCUCCAUAAAGGUUACAUUACAGAACGAAUUUACAACUUGAUUAUGGGGUUUCUUUAUACCAGUGAUGGUUGUAAUAACUAAAUAUAGCAGUUACUAUGUAAUGAUACGGUCUUACAGAUUGCCAUAUGAAGAUCAGGCAGGGGUGAAUUAAUGGGGUGAUUUAUCAAUGCUGAAGUUUGAUUUUUUUCAUGAUUUGAGUUUUUUUGUGCUAAUAAAACCCAAAAACUCAAAGGUGAAACGGUGUCAUCUAAAAGCUUGCAACUUUCUAUAGAAGUCAGUGGGAGUAGGCAAAAUCACGAAAAUGAACUCGAAUUCACAAGCUCAAAAACUGAUAAAUGAGCCCAUUAAUAUCAUACUGAGAUAUUUUAUGUCGUUAACACUUUUGGGCAAUGAUAAGGUUUUGUGUGUGCGCUUUUUGAUGAAAAAAAAAAUUCAGCUGCCAAUAGCAAUGCAAAAUGGCCAGUUUAUCUUUGGUUUAUCUAUGACUUUUUUAUCUCAAGCCAUUAUUAUGAGGAAUUAUAAGUGCACUCAUUGUACAGGCAGCUUGUGGGUUUUAUCUUGUACUGUUGCGUGUAGAAAUGGAAAAUGAAAAACAGAGCAUUACAUUUGUAACUUGACAGCAGUAACUAAUGAAAAUGCAUUAUUACAGCAUUAAUAGAUCCUGGUUGGCAUUACAUACCUUUAGAUUAGGGUACAAAAAUCCAAACUUGGGUACAAAAAUAGUUCUAAAAGAACUCAGCUCUGUACCUAACUCUACAUCUUUGACAAAUUUUAGGACCUCAUUAAAUUAGUCUGUGCCCUUAUUAGAUCUCCUCUAAUGAGUCGCUGCCCCUUAUUCUCAAUGUUUGGUCACUGGAAUAUCCAUGGGAAUCCUCAAAACAUGUACGUGAAUGCCAAUAAUCAUUUUGUUACACCUAGCAAAAACCAUGGUAUGGUCGAAUGACAAAAAAGAUGAUAAAAGUAUUAUUUAUAAAGUCUACAAUGAGAUCUUUAUGGAGUGUGAGGCACAAAAAGACUGGAGGUCAGUGGUAGGUCUUGCGUGACCAUUCUACCUUAUGGCUCUCCAUCUUCAAAAGGUAUUUGGUUUGGGGGUUUGUGAACAUCAGCUAGACCAGGGCUGUCCAACUGGGGCUCUGCAGGCCAGAUGUGUCCCUUUGGUGGAUUUAUUAUGGCCCCAAACUCAAGGUCUCCCUAGACUGUAUGGUGUCAUGGUUUUUCCAUAUAUCCGGCAGUUUAACAUGCUGUAUGGCCAUCAGUCCACUACCUGUAAGAUAUUGCACAGCACUGAACCAGAGAAUAUUCUGGGUUUUUUUAAAGCAAAUCUAGAAUUUAGAAAAUCUCUCCAAAAUAUUUAUUUCAGAGAACAAAAAAAAAAACUGUUUUAAUCCCACAUAAUUGAAACUGCUGAUUUAUUUUAUUUUUGUAAAAUAAUACCUCAAAAAGGAACGGAAAGAACGAACAAAGCAGCUCCUGUGGGAUUUUCCAGAUAAAGCACAUCUUUUACUGAAAAUAAUUGGAGUUUAUUAUUAGUUGGGGUAAUAAGGCAAUUUUAAGAGAUUGUAUAAAAAGUUCCAUAGGUUUAUAUUUUUGCUGUCUCUAUACUGUAAUGUGCCUUAAGGUCACUAAAUGUGUUUUAUUUUGGCUUUCACUUUGUAUUGCAUUAUAAACAAUGUGGUAUUGUGGGCACAGGAGGUGUGUGCCUGUUUGCACAAGGGCAGCAGCAGCGCCGCAGGGCAGGUUGGGGGGCGCUGGGUAAAUGUAUUUGAUAUACUGUAUGUAAAGAAAUGUUACAUCCCAAAUUGCACAUCAAUCAAUGAAAGAUUUGGAAUUAUCAGAAUAUAAUAAAAAAAAUAAAGAAUGUCAGAAUGCCAGUAAGUGUUAUGGAUUUCAAAGCCAAUUAUCUACUUGCUGUAUUUUGAUGUAAAACCA